GUUUCAGAACAGAGGACAGCGCUCCCCCGACCACCAAACAUGGGACAGACACACCAGACCGAGCAGAAUGACCCGGAGAUCGAUGUCAAGGUGCUCCAGGACAUGUACAAAAAGUUUGUGACGGAAUGCCCGAGCGGUGUUUUAUUUAUCCAUGAGUUCAAGCGUUUUUUUGGCAUCGACCCAACUGGGGAAGUCUCUGAGUAUGCGGAAAGCAUGUUUCGAGCUUUUGACAAGAAUGGGGAUAACACCAUUGAUUUUCUGGAGUUUGUGGCAGCCUUGAAUCUGGUCUUCCGGGGGGACUUGGAGCACAAAUUACGCUGGUCAUUUAAAGUGUACGACAAGGACGGCAACGGCUAUGUAGAUAGGACAGAACUGGGAGCUAUUAUUGAUAGUAUAUAUCGAUUAAAGAAGACAUCCAAGAGAGAGCAGGAGGAUAUGCAGCUGUCGGUGAAUGAAGUGUGUGAUAGAAUACUGAAGACUGUGGAUGUGAACAGGGAUGGUCACAUCACCCUGGAGGAGUUCAUCAAGGGGGCCCAGGGAGACCCAUGGAUCAUGAACAUGCUCCAACUGGACAUGAACCCUUAUGGCUGGGUGCUGGAACAGAGAAGGAAGAGCGCACACUUUUAAAAUGACUUGGAAAGACAAAAGCAUCUUCAUUUAACACUUUUCUUUAUUUUUUACCCCUUUUCUUUCUUAAACUAAAUUAGCUUCCAAAUCAAUUGCACAUAAUAGGAAAAAAUACAUUGCAGAUUCAUUCGGAUUGUUUAAGCUAGUUUUAAUUAUAAGGACAGGAAUGGUUGUGUCGAUUACCUUUCAUAAAUUCCAUGAGAUCUACAUUCUGAGUGAACCUGCAGUGCAGUUUUUUUCAUCUGUAGAUGACUUAAUUGGUCCUUAAAACAAUGUCAGUUCCACUUGAACUACUUUGCAGAUAUGAAACAAACAGACAAUCAUAAUAUCAAUACAAAAUAUAAAACUCCCAGUUCAUGCUACAAAACCAACUUAAGAGGUUUUUAAAAUAGGGUAUAUUUCACUCAAAAUUCCAUGACAUACAGUAAGGCAUUGUUGGGAGAAUAGAUGGAUGCAGUUCAAUGCAUGAGUAAUAUAAUUCACCAAUACAGUGCAUUCGGAAAGUAUUCAGACCCCUUGACUUGGUCCACAUUUUGUUACGUUACAGCCUUAUUCUAAAAUGGAUUCAAUUGUUUUUUCCCCUCUUCAAUAAACACACAAUACCCAUUAAUGACAAAGCAAAAACAGGUUUUUAGAAAUGUUAGCAAAUGUAUUAAAAAUAAAACAGAAAUAUAACAUUUACAUAAGUAUUCAGACCUAUACUCAGUACUUUGUUGAAGCACCUUUGACAGCGAUUACAGCCUUGGUAUGAUGCUACAAGCUUGGCACACCUGUAUUUGGCAAGUUUCUCCCAUUCUUCUCUGCAGAUCCUCUCAAGCUCUGUCAGGUUGGAAUAAGGAGCACCGCUGCACAGCUAUUUUCAGGUCUCACCAGAAAUGUUAGAUUGGGUUCAAGUCCGGGCUCUGGCUGGGCUACUCAAGGAAAUUCAGAGACUUGUCCCAAAGUCACUCCCGCAUUGUCUUGGCUUGUGGGCUACACUAGUUCAUUUAGCAGACAAGAUUUGCUUAGAAUUCUGUGGCAUUAUUUUAUAUAAUUUGAUAUUAUGAAGAAUAUAGUUGAACAUAGCUGAAUAAAAUAUAAGUAAUAUUUUCUCCAAACGAUAUGGGGGAGUGUGCACAUACAGCAAUUCUGUGUUGAGCAGUUAACAAAGAAACAUGUACUGCUAUAUGCUUCAUUUAGAGUUAUUUAUGAAACUUUAGUUGUGAUGCAAAUGUUGGGCUAUAUAUAUAUAUAUAUAUAUAUUGAUUUUUAAUACAUUCUAAGGCUGUAUGGUGCUACUCUCAUUAUGAUUUUUUAAAAGUUUCAUGAACUCUGCUUUGUUUUUUGCUCUUUCUCUCUGUUGCACUGCAGUAUGGAGAAGUAAAAAAAUCCUUUGUUUCACUCCCAGAGAGAAACUGUCCUCGCCAAAACUUCAACAUCAAAACAUUGGAAAUCGGAACAUUCGUUUUGAAAUCCAAAUGUUUGGAAUGGUUGGUGAGGAUACAAACAAUAAUCAUGUCAUAAUUUAUUAUUUAGUGAUGUCAUUAAGGAUGGUAUAACAAGAUAACUGUAACUCUGAGAGUGUACACAUCCGAGUUGUCAGGUUUGCAUCUAAAUGUUGUAUAAAAUCAAUGAUUAACAUACCUGUCUGAAAAUAUAUAGGUGCAAAUACUUGGCUAGUCCCUCCCUUCAUUUUACAGCCCGUUUUUACUAUGUAUUUACUAGGUAAGUUGAUAAAAAAAUAUAUACGAAUACGGAGUAACAAUUGGGUCCCCGAUGUCACCACUCAUCUCUGAUUUGCCACUGGGCACGCAAUAUCAAGUGCGCCUAUAGGCUAUUUAGUGUGGUCUCAAUCAAAUGAUCCAUAGCCUAUAGGCUAUUUAGUGUGGUCUCAAUCAAAUGAUCCAUAGCCUAUAGGCUAUUUAGUGUGGUCUCAAUCAAAUGAUCCAUAGCCUAUAGGCUAUUUAGUGUGGUCUCAAUCAAAUGAUCCAUAGCCUAUAGGCUAUUUAGUGUGGUCUCAAUCAAAUGAUCCAUAGCCUGUAGGCUACGAAUUGCAUGCUUGUAGAAGCACAGAUCAAAGUUAUAUUUCUAAGAUAAACAAAUCAAAUGUUAUUGGUCACAUACACAUAUUUAGCAGAUGUUAUUGGUCACAUACACAUAUUUAGCAGAUGUUAUUGGUCACAUACACAUAUUUAGCAGAUGUUAUUGGUCACAUACACAUAUUUAGCAGAUGUUAUUGGUCACAUACACAUAUUUAGCAGAUGUUAUUGGUCACAUACACAUAUUUAGCAGAUGUUAUUGGUCACAUACACAUAUUUAGCAGAUGUUAUUGGUCACAUACACAUAUUUAGCAGAUGUUAUUGGUCACAUACACAUAUUUAGCAGAUGUUAUUGGUCACAUACACAUAUUUAGCAGAUGUUAUUGGUCGCAUACACAUAUUUAGCAGAUGUUAUUGGUCACAUACACAUAUUUAGCAGAUGUUAUUGGUCACAUACACAUAUUUAUCAGAUGUUAUUGGUCACAUACACAUAUUUAGCAGAUGUUAUUGGUCACAUACACAUAUUUAGCAGAUGUUAUUGGUCACAUACACAUAUUUAUCAGAUGUUAUUGGUCACAUACACAUAUUUAGCAGAUGUUAUUGGUCACAUACACAUAUUUAGCAGAUGUUAUUGGUCACAUACACAUAUUUAUCAGAUGUUAUUGGUCACAUACACAUAUUUAGCAGAUGUUAUUGUGGGUGUAGCGAAAUGCUUGUGUUCCUAGCUUCAACAGUGCAGUAAUAUCUAGCAAUUCACAACAAUACACACAAAUCUAAAAGUAAAUAUGUAUAUAUGUGUGAUGGGAUGUAUAGACAUUAUGGAUAGCUGGUGGGAUGGUGUAAAUAAAACUAGGCUGUAUUACACACUGCUAAUGGAUAUUCCAACCCUGAACCCCGGCCUGCUCUGCGCUAGCUAAUCAAAAGUGUUUGUGUGCUGCAAACAAUGGCUGUG